UUCUGCGACAGCAAGAUGGCGGCCCCCACAGAAAACGUGACUGAUGGAGCAAAUGAAAACAUUGACAUGUGCGAGAUAGAAGCAACGGUUGCAACUGGUUUUGAACAAAUAGCAAAGGAGGAGGUGGAAGAAAAGUUCGGAAUAAUAGCAAGAGCUGCGAGAGGAAAAGUCAUGGCAAAAAUACCAGUCAAAGAUGUGAAGAACUGUCUGGAACUGGGGUGCGUGGACAACAUCAGGGUGCUAAUGUCGUCUUGGAAGAACUUCCAGUAUCCUGAAGACAAGCUGGAGUGUAUGAGGAAGCUGCGAGAGAUGGCGCGGGACGUGGACUGGGACCAGGGUCUGAAGGUGUGGAGACAGGUGUAUACAUUCCAGCAUCCCAUCCUGUCCACCCCAGUCAGUGACACUGUCGACAUGGGGGAACCCUACCUCAUCUCAAGGGAAAACCUGCCAAAGAAACAGCCCAAGAAGAAAGGUGGGAAGUCCGGAAAGAAAGACAAGUUUAGCAAGAAGGGGAAAGACAGGAGUCAGAAGGAUGAAGGACAUAAGAUGGGAUCGGGUGAUGCUGGUGACCCUGGAAGACCUCCCGACCUUCAGUUUAUCAGCAAUAAAGGUCAGUAUGUUGAAGGUCGAGGCAGGCAUCAUCGUGGGCAGGUCAUAGACGGUCAGUUCGAUGAUGCCGAGUCAGACUCUGACAAGACGGGUAGCAAUGAGCUGUGUACACAGUCUUAUAUAUUUGUGAGAACAGAAGAAACUGUUCUGAGUUCUGGAGUUUCUGACAUGACACUUGGAAACAAGGACAGACAGUCUAAAGAAAAUACCACGGAGGGGAAAGAAACUAACAAUAUAUGUGCUGACGGAACAAAAGUCUGUGAUCCUUCUAUAGAAUCAGGUGAGGGGGAUACAAAAGAAGCAGGUGAAGAAACUGUACAGCCUAGUCAAGCUACCUCAUCUUCUGAACAGAAUCUCUCGUCCAACACAGAGGAGCAGAUAAGUCUCCAGGAGCCCUCUGCCCCUCCAUCGAGUCCCCAGAAACCGCCCUCCGAGUCCUCAAGUCCCGAGAAACCCCGAGAGAAGCUGGUGCCCCACAAUCCACUCAUGCCCUCCUUCCGAGUGACAUGUAACCGGGCUGGCGAUGGACACAACUUCGACUCCAUGUGCGCUGCAGCCAACUUUGGCGGUGCUGUGCAGAACUACUUCGGCUGGAACGUGGAUAUGAAGAAGUUUGAUGUGGAGGUGAUCCUGAACAUCGAGUGGACGGAUGUGUCGGUGUGUAUCGGCCUGACCAGGGGGAGUCUCCACCACAGAAACAUCACAGUGUUUGGCGCCACCACUCUCAGACCAACGGUCGCCUGCAACAUGCUUAGACUGUGUAAGAUCCAGCCCGGAGAUGUGGUGUGCGACCCGAUGUGUGGCAGUGGCAGUAUACCCAUACAGGCUGCUCGAGGGUGGCCUGAGGCAUACCACCUAAGUGGAGAGAAGUUCCCAUUGGCUGUGGACCGGACCGUGCAGAAUGUGACGGCUCUCAACAAGGAACUCAUCGCUGACAACAAACGCUCAAUUGCGGUCGACGCUGGCUACUGGGAUGUGACUUAUCUCCCCUUCAGAGAGAGCAGCGUGGAUGUGUUCAUAACUGACUUGCCCUUCGGCAAAAGGAUGGGUUCAAGAUACAACAACCUGAAGCUGUACCCAGAGGCCCUGAUUGAGAUGGCGCGGGUGUGUCGCCCAGGGAGUGGUCGAGUCUGUCUCCUCACGCAGGACAAGAAGUGCAUGAUAAGGGUAAUCCACACUCUCGGUCGCUACUGGCAACGACGCAUGACUCUGAGUAUCAACCUGGGGGGUCUUGCAGCAGGCGUGUACCUCCUCAACAGGACACUGAACCCAGUGGUCCAGGGGGAGACAACUCCAUCCACAACCCAGGAAGACACUUCAGCUUGCAGGGACUUCCGUACUGCUAUGCCCUCUGACCCCCGGUCAGGCCCUGGCUUCACUGUGGUGCGACAUACAUUCAGUUCACUGCAGGAAGCAAACAGAAGUCCUGCAGAUACAGAAACAACAGACGCUGAUUAGAUGGGCGGUCAAGAAUUACAAGUUGAACGUCCUCAGUCGUGACAGUGUUUAAGAAAAUGACCACGCAAUAUGACUGUGAAAAAAGUCUAUUUGGAAGGAAGUAUUUAUUUUUGUACCUCAUGGCUAUUUGCUAUACAAUCUGUUGGUGUAGCAGAGAGACAUUUUGCGUGGAAAUCUCUAUUAAUCCUGCCCAGUGCUAGUGGUAAACUGUACCAACGCCUCUAUCUCAUAAUCAUUCGUUUCUAUUACGUAAGAGGGGCGGUCGGGUAGCCUAGUGGUUAAAGUGUUCCGGGCUCGAUUCCCGACAUGCCUUCAAUGUGUGAAGCCCAUUUCUGGUGUCCUCCGCCGUCAUAUUGAUGGAAUAUUGCUAAAAGCGGCGUAACACCAUACUCACUCACUCACUCAUUACUAUUACGUAAGUGGACCUUCUUGUCAUAUUCAUAGAGCAUGCAGUGCUUCAAUUAGGUGGUGUUGUUAGGUGAUUUGUGUGAAUUAAUUUCACAGUUUGCUACAUUUAAGUGUUACAACAGCAUUUGCCCAGUACUUGAUCAUCCUCUGUUUGAUAUCUCCAUUCUGUGAUAAUUAAAAUAUUAAUUAUGUACCUCAGCAAAUUUGCUACCCGAGCCUCCUUCGAGUU